GUCGCGGGUACCUUUUCAUUGACUUUGAGUACACGGAUGCGAACUACCGCUGCUUUGACCUUGGCAACACGCUGUGCGAGCUGGACUACGACUACACGCGUGGCACGGAGGCGGGUGGUCGCGGGUUCAUCAAGUUUCUGAGCGUGUUCCCGCCCGCGGCGAAGGCGGAUGCGUGGCGCGGGCUUGGGGAGGAGUACCCGCGGCUGCCGGAGCUGAUCGUUGACGCCUGGCGGCGGGGCGACGUUGACGGGGAGGCGGGGGACGUUGGCACUGCCGCGUUGCAGGCUGUGCGGAGGUACUUUGCGACGAGCAGCGGGGUGCCGGUGAGUGAGGUGUCGGUAAGCGAGGCGCAUUUGGUGGAGCUGCUGCUCGGCAUGCUGGCGUCGCACCUCCACUGGACGCUGUGGGCAAUCGUGAUGGGCUGCGUGCCCGACGAGUGUGCCGACUGCGCAGUGGACACGGAGGCAUUUGCUCGUGGGGGCAGCGGUCUGGACUACGUGUGCUACGGUGAGUGCCGGCUGCGGGAGUACAUGGCACUUCGCCACUGGCUUGUUAGCAACGCAUUUAUUUAG